AUGGAUCUAACUUACAUUCCUGAAGACCUAUCGAGUUGUCCAAAAUUUGGAAAUAAAUCCUGUCCUCCCGUCAGCCGCCCUUUUCAGGUCCGAGUGAUCAUGUAUGCAAUUAUGAGUGCAGCCAUGGUAAUCACCAUCUUUGGAAACUUGGUGAUAAUAAUUUCCAUAUCUCAUUUUAAACAGCUUCACUCUCCCACAAAUUUUCUGAUCCUCUCCAUGGCAACCACUGACUUUCUGCUGGGUUUUGUUAUUAUGCCGUACAGCAUGGUGCGAUCAGUAGAGAGCUGCUGGUACUUUGGGGAUGUCUUCUGUAAAUUCCAUGCGAGCUUUGACAUGAUGCUAAGCCUGACCUCCAUUUUCCACCUCUGUUCCAUUGCUAUUGAUCGAUUUUAUGCUGUGUGUCACCCUUUGCACUACGCGACCGCAAUGACCACUUCCGUGAUAAAGCGACUGCUGGCGUUUUGCUGGUCGGCCCCUGCUCUUUUUUCUUUCAGUUUAGUUCUUUCCGAGGCCAAUGUUUCUGGGAUGCAGAGCUAUGAGAUUCUUGUUGCUUGCUUCAAUUUCUGCGCCCUUACUUUCAACAAGUUUUGGGGGACAAUAUUGUUCACUACGUGCUUUUUUACUCCUGGCUCCAUCAUGGUUGGCAUUUAUGGCAAAAUCUUUAUUGUUUCCAAACAACAUGCUAGAGUUAUCAGCAACAUGCCUGAAAACACAAAGGGGGAAGUGAAAAAAAACUUAUCUAAGAAAAAGGACAGGAAAGCAGCUAAGACGCUGGGUAUAGUAAUGGGGGUGUUUCUAGCUUGCUGGUUGCCCUGUUUUCUUGCUGUUCUGAUCGACCCGUAUUUAGGCUACUCCACUCCCAUAAUAGUACUUGAUCUUUUAGUGUGGCUUGGGUACUUCAACUCCACUUGCAACCCCCUCAUACAUGGUUUUUUUUAUCCAUGGUUUCGGAAAGCUCUUGUGUACAUAGUGUCAGGAAAAAUAUUCAGCUCUCAUUCAGAAACUGCAAAUCUGUUUCCUGAAGCACAUUAA